UGAACCCUUUGGUUUUACUUCCGGGUGAGACGAGCUGCUGAAUCCGCUACUGUUAGCGAGUGAUUGGCAGCAACUUCUUCGACUGGAAUAUUUGGUAAAAAAAAUUAUUUUGCGGCGAAUAACACAAACACCGAUUGCUUUUAUCAACGAAGGAUGGACAUACUUAAAGCUGAGAUCGCGAGGAAGCGGAAACUCAUCGAGGAAAAGCAGCUUGUCGACGACUCCAAGAAGUUCUUCAAAAGGGCAGAUCUUUCACGCAAGGAGCAAGAGGACUACUUCCGCAGAUGUGGCUAUAAGAUUGACAAAAAAGAAGAGGAUGACGCUUCCACCUCAGCUAAUCCGGUGUUGGAGCUGGAACUGACAGAAGAGAAGCUGCCCAUGACGCUGUCGCGGCAGGAGGUCAUCCGGCGCUUGAGGGAACGAGGCGAGCCCAUCCGACUGUUCGGGGAGUCCGACUACGACGCCUUCCAGAGACUCCGCAAGAUUGAGAUUCUGACGCCAGAAGUAAACAAGGGUUUGAGGAAUGACCUGAAGGCGGCCAUGGACAAGAUCGACCAGCAGUACCUGAACGAAAUCGUCGGCGGGACCGAGCCGGGAGAAGUCGACACGCAGCAUGACCUCAAGGUUCACGAAGAAAACACCACCAUAGAAGAACUGGAGGCGAUUGGCAAAACUCUGGGCAGAGGAGACGACGACGGAGACCAGGAUGUUAUCGACAAAUUCCUGAGCUUCCUUCUCGGCGUGUGGGCCAAAGACCUGAACAGCCGUGAAGAUCACGUGAAGCGCAGCGUUCAGGGGAAGCUGGCCAGUGCCACCCACUCCCAGACCGAGUCGUACCUCAAGCCUCUCUUCAGGAAGCUCCGGAAGAAGAAUUUGCCGGCUGACAUCAAAGAGUCCAUCACUGACAUCAUCAAAUUCAUGCUGGAGCGGGAAUAUGUAAAGGCAAACGACGCGUAUCUCCAGAUGGCCAUCGGAAACGCGCCCUGGCCCAUCGGCGUGACCAUGGUGGGCAUCCACGCCCGUACGGGCCGAGAGAAGAUCUUCUCCAAGCACGUGGCCCACGUCCUCAACGACGAAACGCAGAGGAAGUAUAUUCAGGGACUAAAGAGGCUGAUGACCAUCUGCCAGAAACACUUCACGACGGAUCCGUCCAAGUGUGUGGAGUACAACGCUCUUUAAUGUCGUGCCGCGAGCAAACAUCGGGAACUUCCAAGCUGCUGGAGACGCCAACUUGUCGCAGAAUCGAUUCUGCCGGAGAUGACGCCAAUCCACUUCUUCCAUUUGGCCUUCAGACUCAUCACGACGCUCACGGGUUUGGCCAGCUUCUCAUUUGCAUGAGUAAAUAGGAGGCCUUUGGUCUUUUGAGAGGAUGCUCGUGUGCACAUGCAGGAAAUGGAUUUCUUUUUCAGGAAACAUUUUUUUGUUUUGCCUUUACUGUGAGGCGCAAGAUCCUGUAGUGUAAGUUUUAUUACACCCGCCGGCCACCACACAAUCUUUUUGUCGAGUUUGUUGUUUUAAGACAAUAAAAGUUGUAUAAAGUUAUCAAUGUAAUAUCGUUCAUAGCUGGAGUGUUUGUUGAACAGUUUAGUAACAAAAAAAAAAAAGUCAUUUUGUAUGUUUUCUCAUUUUUUUGCGGGUUAAAAUACUUUUAUUUGUUGUGAUUUGAAUUUGUUUUUUAAUUAGUAAGAGAUAAAUAUCUUUUAUCUUAA